AAGUGUAUUUUCCUAAACAACUUCCGAGCUGGGUUUGGUCAGCCGAGCUGAGAAGUGAGUUUAUGAAAUAAACAAGUAUUUUUGUACGUUUACAAGAUUUUUAAAUAGUCCAGUGGAAGAAAAUAAAAUGAGGGGAAAGUCUAGGCCACCAACAGAAAUAUGCGCAGACUGUAGCGCAUGUGAUCCCUCAUGGGCUUCAAUAAACCGUGGUGUUGUGGUGUGUGAUGAGUGCUCUUACGUCCACCGUAGUCUAGGCAGACAUGUCUCGCAGAUCAAGCCUUUACGUAGAGGCCCACCUUGGCCUCGUAGCCAACUAGAGAUGCUGGAUGCAUUGGUAAAUUGCGGUGUAAAUUCCAUCUGGGAACACUCACUACUAGAUCCGUCACAAGUCCGUAGUGGGAAGCGCAAGCCAAACGCCAAAGACCCAACACACCCAGCAAGGUCAGACUUUAUCAAGGCAAAGUAUGGUAGAUUGGACUUUGUACAUCGACUUAAAGAUGAAGAUGGAGCAUCAGCCAAAGAUUUCAGUAAACAACUUUAUUCAAGUGUAAGAACUUCCAAUCUAGAAACAUGUCUUCGACUACUGUCACUUGGGGCAGAGGCCAACUUUCAACAUCCAGAAAAGAAAAACACAUGUUUACACCAUGCAAGUAAAGCAGGACAGAUGCUGCAAUGUGAACUGCUGAUUGCAUAUGGAGCAGACCCAGGGGCAAUAGACGGGGAUGGGUUCACAUCUGCCGAUCUUGCAAGAUCUGAAGGGCAUAUGGAGUUAGCGAAGCGUUUAGUUGAAUGUGAAUAUGAGGUCACAGACAGGUUAGCCUUCUAUCUAUGUGGGAAAAAACCAGAUCACACAACAUCCCAUUUCUUAAUUCCUGAAAUGAAAGACAGCUCGCUGGACAGAUCAGAACUUGCAGAAUCUGCUAGGCGAAAACUCCAAGCACUUUCGGACCAUUUAUUUAAAGAACUAGCUACAGAUGUUUAUGAUGAAGUAGACAGGAGAGAAAUUGAUAAUAUUUGGAUCUCAAAGCAGACACAAUCGUCUGGUGUCCUAGGUGACCGAACCAUACCAUUCUUGCCACUCAACCCAGAACUCUCAUCUACUAGAAACCAGGGUCGACAAAAACUGGCCAGGUUUAACGCCAGAGAAUUUGCAACAUUGAUUGUGGACAUCUUAAAAGAGGCAAAGAGGCGGCAACAAGGAACACUUUCAUCAAAAUCAUCUACUGGUACAGAUAGGGAAUCAAGUAACGAUGGAAGAGGAAUUCCUAGCGUGAUUAGCGAUGGUGAUCCAAUCUACGAUGUUGUUGCAGAGGAUGAUUACCAGGACCUUGAUCAGUCACAAGUUGAGUCCACCGCACCUGUCAAUCAAAUUGUCAAAGAUGACAAUCAGAGUUUAGGAUCAGCUGACCUAUCAGAUGGACCAAUUACGUUAGAAGAAUAUCUGGAGGUCAAAAGCAAACUAACGGAAUCAGAAAACAGAGUAACGCAGCUACUUACGAUGAACAAAAAAAUGAACCAAGAAAUUCAUGUGCUUCAGUCAAUGGUGCAAAAUCUAAUGGAGGAGAAUUCCAAAUUAAGAAGUAUGCAGCAAAGUAUGGUACCAGUUGUCCAGGCUGAGGAAAAGACACCGCAAGGGACCGAGUCACUAGGACGCUCAGCGCCCAAGGGAGCAGGUCGACCCAUGUCCAUGUAUGAUUCACGGUACACUAGCAAGCUACCAUGGAAACAGGUCGGAGGUAAAACUCCAUCAACAGAAGAGUUACAGGAGGUCAUGCAGAAUAGACCAUCACUUCCAUCCAUUGACAGUCAUCCUUCAGAAGAUGGGGUGCCCAAUGACAGACCAGCUAGUACAGCAGGAAGCGACUAUGAUAAUGCACAACCUAAUCAAGAAGCAUCCAGUCAUGAUACACCAUCCGUAACUGUCACACCUCCUACGUCAGCUACCCUUCCUAACCCUACCUCACAAGUCACAGACCUGUCCCCAGUGUCAGAGGAGCCAUCAGAUCAAGUUGAGGAGAAAGGGCCAACAAAAGAUGAGAUUGUUGCUCAGAUGGGCAGUAUUACAAAGAAGAUUCAAGAGCUUCUUGCUGCUGCUAAAGACAAUCAAGUAGAGUAUUAUGUGCCAUGUUCAGAGAAAAUAUUUGCAGCUGUGAAGGAAACUGUAGAUCUGUUUCCAGAAAAAUCAAAGCAUGAGAAUGUCCGCGUUCCAGUAAGGCUUCUUGUCUCAACCGCAAAUCGUUUACAAAUGGAAUGCAAGAACAUGAACAUCGAGGGAAACAAAACAGAAGCCAUCACCUCACAGGUUAUCAACUGUGCAUUUGACAUUGCUAAGGCUGCGAAGAGCUUAGUAACGAUGUACCAAUAACAGUUUUUUAGGCCACAAUGUAUCAGGUGGUAGCAAUACACUCUCUCAGUGAUGCAUCUAGGAAUAUUGAAAUGGAGGGGGCUGAUGGGGGAGGCCACGAAGGUGAAAUAGGGGCUCGAUAAAAUGAGGAGGCGCCAGCUGGCAAAAUAAGGCGGUAUGAGGUAAUUGUAACUGCUUGAGCAUAAUUAUUUUGCUUUAAAAAAUUCCAUUGAGGGGUGGGCGACUAGGGGAACAGGCGUUUUUUUUUUUGGUAUGAAUGUACAACUGGUACUGUAUUGACUAAAAUUCUAGCAACUUAAAAAUCUACAAUCCACAAUGUUAGUGGCAUGUAUUUAAAUGAAUUCUUUUUUUCUUUACUACUUUUGUUUUUUUUUUUGUUUUUUUUUUUAUUCUAGCAUACUUUAUGUUAACAGAUUAUGCCAUAAUUUAAUUAUAUACAAUUAUUGUUUCAAUCUUAAAAUAUCAUAGGACUAAUUUAUGUAACAUAGAUGAGAUGUAACCCUGUAUAUAUUCAUAGUUUAUAAACAUCUUUAAAAUGUAUUUAAACUAUAUCAUGCUAAAAUUAUCUAAAAUUAUAAUAACUCAUGGAAAUAUAAUAUAAUAAAAUAAAUAAUAUUCAUUAAAAUAUACUUUUUAAUUUUGGAUUUUGUUUUUAUUAUUUCAUUAUUUUGUUUGAUAUACAAUCAUUGUACUUUAUACCAAGUAAAUACCUGUACAGAUGUAUAGAUAUUUAGCCUAGAAUUAUAGAGUUAUAGUACAGUACUGUAUUACGUAAACUAGCAUAUCUAAGGAAAAUUGGGGGGGGGGGGAGUGGACACAAGCCUCUCCCCCAGGAAAACUUGGUACAUAAUACAAAGCAUUAUUUUACUUGAUGUUCAUACACUAUACCAAAAAUACUAGAAAAACAAGAUAGAACUUUAGCAUAGCAAAAGUGAAGUGGAUAUAUGUCUUACCUUUUACACAUCUCCAGGUUUAUGCGGCACCAAUAAUGACAAUUUACCACUGAUUUCUCUAUAAUAAAUGCAAUUGACGUAAGUUUGUUUAUCUCCAGCUGUACACAGCGCUUUAUUCAAUGCAAUUAAAUGUAUGCAAUUUGGUGAUACAGUUUGCAGAAUUCAAUCUUGUGUUUCUAGUAUCUUUGAUUAUACUGGAAUUUUUUCAUAGAACUUCAUGGAGUAAUGGAGAGUUUGUGUUAAGAAGAUAAUAGUUUUGUGAGGUUAUGGAAAGUAUCAUCGGAUAUGUUUUGAUUGGCUGAGCGGUUAAUUCAGUGGCACCGUAACCUUCAUCUAUAACAUUGGCGCUGGUUCAAACGGCUCAUUCGCCAAUGGUUCCAGUAGGGGAACAAGUCUUCUCGGAUAAGGACUUUAAACCGUAGUCCCAGUGUACGCAUUUGGUUCGUGUGCACUUUAAAGAACCCAGUACACAUCCUUUCGAGAAGAGUAGGGGGUUACCCGGGAGUACUGAUCCAUUCAGUCCCCUGUUGUUUAAUGGAUAUGCCACAUAGAAUAGUGAUUAAGUUCGCUGAUUGGCAUAGCUUUGGCCUUGUGCCUAAAGAAAUGAAUUGAAAAUUAAAUGAUAACAAUACAUAUUAUGAAAUCAAGCAAAAACCUAUUUUAUUAUGCACGGUGAUGAUAUUUUGAAGAGUACUGUCCCAAGUGUGUUACAAUUAUUUAUGCAUAAUAUGUAGGGGAACAAACAAUAGUACUCCAUUUAGCUCAUAAUCAACAGUAAUAUAUUGGAUAUGUUUAUUUAGAACUAAUUAGUGUAAACUAAUUCCUCCAUGGUUUAUCAAUGGAAAUCUUCUUUCAUUUGCUGUAGACAUGGAGGAAUUAGUUUAGAGACAAGCCAUAAUCAAAAGUAGUUGACUAUUUAAGCCUGUAAGGGUGGUCUCUACAGCAAAACUCUUUCUUAGCAUUUAGACUGCAAUACUUUUCAUCUAGCCACCUGCUAGCCAGUCGCUUUUUAUGGUCCUGUUAUUUUUAGUGCCUUGAGCACUACUGCAGUGGAUAAAUAUUAUAAAUAUUAUUAUUAUUAUUAUUAUUAUUGUUGUUAUUAUUUCAUUUGACAGACAUGUCUUUCUUCAUGACAAUUUUUCAUGUCUUCCAUUCCACGUAUGUCAAUCCCAUUUGUACAUAUGUAACCUAUGGACGAGGACGAAUGUUGCUACUCUUUAGAAAUUUCCCACCAUCUGAAAAACUACCGAUAUUCUCCAUGACAAGCAUACUCUCUGUCUGCGCAGAUAGGUCUGAUACAGUGGUAUUGUAUUCUUUAAUUUGGCUCAAAUUAUAUGUACAAUCUUUGAAUUCCUAAACUUCCCACUGUCUUCAGUCUCAUCUGCCCAGCCUUGGGCAGCGGUGAAUCUAGAAAAUAAAUUCUGGAGGGAAAAGUUGCCCAACAACGACUGAAGCCCUUGUGGCUGACAGGGAUUCAGCAAGUCCGACAAGGGGGUCUGAAGUAAGGGACGACCUAGAGCCAGGACGGUAGGAGUCCAUGCUUUCCACCAUAUCCCACCUUCCCCGUUGACUCCAUCACUGGUCUAAACAGCUGACUACAACACCAUUUUAUUUUUCCUGGAAUUUACCACAAAUCUACAAAAAAAAAUCUGACCAUUCCAUAUUUUAUUUAAGUAUCUUUGUCAGUGACUUCUAGUACCCCCUGUUAGCUUGUGCUAGAUAUUUAACCACCUACAAAGCAAAUAAUAUCUACCAAAUAUUUUGUACUUCUAGCAACAUCAUUAGAUUGUAUUCUUAAUUGUUUAUUAUAUAAACAAUCUAUAUAUACAUGUAAUAUUUGUGAGGUAUUUUGUUCAUGUUUUUUGAAAUUCAUGUUGAUGUGUUUCUUUAUUCACUGUUACUCCCUUGUUAAGUUUACAUAUAUAUUUAAGUUUGUUGGUUUUCAUAUCUUUUUUUAAACAACAAAAUUUGUAUUUCCGUAACUAAUUUCAUAGAGAAGUCCUGUAAAAUUUCAUAUAAUUUGUUUCAAUUAAAUUAUUUGCUACAAUGUGAUGUAGUUGGAUUUAAUGAAAAAACAGGCAUCAUAUGUAGGAAUAUAAAAUUAAAUCCAUAUCUAAACAAAUGAGAACAGUAUUAAUCAUAAUUUAAAAUAUAUAAUUGUUUGUGUGGAUGUUCUUUUUCUUUAUAAUUUUUUUUCUUAGCAAGACAUUUUUCAGAAUAUAGUGAUAAAAUUCUGCUCCAGAAAAUUUUCUGUAUAAAUGUUGUCAAUUUGGCAUCCUAGAAGCUGGAGCUAAAUAAAUGACUUUGAUUGGUUGAUGGAAUGAAUACAAAGUCAAACAUUUGCACUUUGUAUGUUUUGGCAAACCAAGUUGUAAGAACACUCUUGCCACAGAUGCUAGAUUUGCAAGUUCACCAAUAAAGCUCUGUUCACAUUAUGUUCAUAACAACAAAAAUCUAAAGCCCUGUCCAGACUGUCAAAUUUUAUUUGACAAAAACAUGUGACAUGCCUAAAUAUGGUCAUGACAUCAUCACAUCAUGCACAUAUAUGGGCAGACAACAGUUUACUUUAUAAGAAAAUUUGAUAACCUGGACAGAGCUUUCAACUCGUGUGUGACAGUUUUUUUGACCGGUACCUAAAAUUGUCAAGGUCAAGUCCACUCAUUUGGUUUUAGAUUAUCUCAAUCUAAAAGUGUACUAAAUGAUAUUCGUCCACAUCACCUUUUAUGGGCGAUUUACCUAUAUACAUGUGUAAUAUUACAUUAUGCCUAUAUAUGAGGCAUGUUGCACAUGGCAAAAAUUUAAAUACAAGUUAUUGAUAUUUUUAGUUACUUGAGUAUGUGAUCUUUAAAAUGAGGGGUCAUUCUUUGAAGUUGGACAUAUGAAACCUUUUUUUACAAGUACAGCACUCCUCGAGUAAAGAUGAUAUGGUUUUGAUUAUUGCCUUCCAAAGUUAUCCAUGCAUACAUUUUUAGUAGAAUUAACUAGUUUGUUGAAUGUUUCCAGAAGACUUUAGAACAUGCUUAAAUAAUAUUUUAAACUGUUGAUCUCUAGGCCAUUCCUUUUGCCAUGCCAUGCCUCAUAUGGGCAAAUCUGCCGCAAAAUUGACACAUAAUAUGUGAUAGUAUAAAACAAAAUUAUAAGCUCUUGUGACAUCAUAAGUUUCAUUUAAUCUAUAACCUGGACUGUGAAUAUGAUUUGUUUUUCAUGUAUUUUUUGUAUUUAGAAUAAAAAGCAUUUCAGGAAUUUGAUACUGAAAUCUUGCUACUGUAUUUGCAUGUAAAGUAGAAUUAAUGUAUUUGUACAAAAAUUGAGUCUGAAUGAAAUAAAAAGAUGCAUGUUCUGAAACCAAAA